GAGCUGGGAGGCGGCUCCGGCGCGGAUCUAGGAGGACCUGGCCGACAGCCCCAGAGCCAGUCUUGGUCCCCGCGGCCCGCCGAGGCUCGGAGCCAUCCAACGACCCGGCGAGCGGCCUCAGGCCCCGCCAUGGGGAAGACCAACAGCAAACUGGCCCCAGAGGUGCUGGAGGACCUGGUUCAGAACACGGAGUUCAGCGAGCAGGAACUGAAGCAGUGGUACAAAGGCUUCCUGAAGGACUGCCCCAGCGGCAUUCUCAACCUAGAGGAGUUCCAGCAGCUCUACAUCAAGUUCUUCCCUUAUGGCGACGCCUCCAAGUUCGCGCAGCACGCUUUCCGCACCUUCGACAAGAACGGAGAUGGUACCAUCGACUUCCGGGAGUUCAUCUGCGCCCUUUCGGUCACUUCCCGUGGCAGUUUCGAGCAGAAACUCAACUGGGCCUUCGAGAUGUAUGACCUGGACGGCGAUGGGCGUAUUACGCGCCUCGAGAUGCUGGAGAUCAUCGAGGCUAUCUACAAGAUGGUGGGCACCGUGAUCAUGAUGCGCAUGAACCAGGAUGGGCUCACACCCCAGCAACGUGUGGACAAGAUCUUCAAGAAGAUGGACCAGGAUAAGGAUGACCAGAUUACGCUGGAGGAGUUCAAAGAGGCGGCCAAGAGUGACCCAUCAAUUGUGCUGCUGCUGCAGUGUGACAUGCAGAAGUAG